AUGAGGUGCUCACUUAAAAUUUUUAUGAUUGCUGUCUCCUUGGUAGUUGCGCUAAUAAGUGCAAACGAUGAACCACGCGGAGCUGCGUCACCACCAAAGGUAAAUGAGUUAGAGAUAGCUCUUCGCCAAAAUACGGAAGACGAAGAGAGCACUCUAGAUAGUGAAGAGGAAUCAGAGCAGGCGGAGGAUGAGGAACUACCAGAUUUCGACCAGCGCAGGCGCAUCGCUCAGACGUUGGAAUACUGCCUGCAAGGCGGAGACGUUAAUCCAACUACUCUAAUUGACACCGCGAGUGGUGUUCUUCACAGCGAUAGCAUUAACCCUCCUCCGGAGUUCGAGAAAUGUGUCGGAGAGUACCUAACUUGCACGGGGACAGUUUGCGCCGCGGAAUUCGCGCAAUACGACGCAUCAAAGGGAGAAUAUGUAAAACUAUUUAAGCAGCUCAGCGCGGGUAUAUUGAUGGAGCUGUUGGACAAACCGACAACCAACAAACGCCUAGUCAAGACUAUAGUGGACUGCCUAGAGAAACCUCACAACAAGACUACCACAGUAUUUUUUCUCAGGUGUAUCAACGACCAGUUACAUAUACACGAAAAGACCAACUUCGACACAAUCGGCUUCAUACUUGGAAACUUUGUUGUCAAGUCAGCUACAAGGUUAUUGGUCAACGCUACUGGAGAUAUCUACGAGAGAUCAAUGAUUUUGGGCGAGUGUGUGCCUAUGUUGUUGCGCAACCUUUUCGGCUUGGAAGAGUUCAGCUUCUCUUGCAGAAAGCGCACAUUCAUCGAGGGAUAUGAUGAUCCGGAUGAUUACGACUUCGAUGAGUUUAAUGAAGAGGAAUAG